CGGAGCGGAGCGGCCGGGUUGAGGCGGGCGCUGCGGAGAAGGGGACCCGGCAGCGCCGAGCCGAGCGGGGCCGAGCUAGAGAUGAACAAUGACCAUAGUUGACAGAGUAUCUGAGUCUUCAAACCCUGCAGCUUGUCAGAAGCAGCCUUGUAGCUCCGUGGUACCCUCUACUGGAGACAUGGACUCAGCCUCUGCAAGUUGGGGUGCUGUAUCAUCUUUGGAAGUUCCAAAGCACAAGAUCACUUUGGGACCAGUACCUGGUGCUGCAGUUUAUUCUAGUUCAUCUGUACCUGAUAAAUCCAAGCCUUCAGCUCAGAAAGAUCAAUCUAUUAGUGAUGGCAUUGCUCCGCCACAGAAGGUUCUUUUUCCAGCAGAGAAGAUUUGUUUGAAAUGGCAGCAAACACAUAGAGUUGGAGCUGGACUCCAAAAUCUUGGCAAUACAUGUUUCCUCAACUCUGCUCUGCAGUGUUUGACUUAUACACCCCCUCUUGCCAACUACAUGCUUUCUCAUGAACACUCCAAAACAUGCCAUGAACAAGGAUUCUGCAUGAUGUGUACGAUGCAAGCUCACAUUACCCAGGCGCUCUCUAACUCUGGCAAUGUCAUCAAACCUAUGGCUGUGAUCAAUGAUCUUAGACGGAUAGCAAAACAUUUCCGGUUUGGAAAUCAGGAAGAUGCACAUGAAUUUCUACGCUACACUGUUGAUGCUAUGCAGAAAGCAUGUUUGAAUGGAAGCAACAAAUUGGACAGACAUACCCAGGCUACCACACUCAUCUAUCAAAUAUUUGGAGGGUACUUAAGAUCAAGAGUAAAGUGUAUGAACUGCAAAGGCGUCUCAGAUACCUUCGAUCCGUACCUUGAUAUUACAUUGGAAAUAAAGACAGCUCAGAGUGUAAACAAAGCUCUGGAACAAUUUGUGAAGCCUGAACAACUGGAUGGUGAAAAUGCCUAUAAAUGUAGCAAGUGUAAGAAGAUGGUUCCUGCUUCAAAGAGGUUUACAAUACAUCGGUCUUCUAAUGUUCUUACAUUGUCUCUGAAACGGUUUGCAAAUUUUAGUGGUGGAAAAAUUACCAAGGAAGUGAAAUAUCCUGAGUAUCUGGAUAUUCGACCAUAUAUGUCUCAACCAAAUGGAGAACCAAUCAUUUAUGUUCUAUAUGCAGUCCUGGUGCAUACUGGUUUCAGCUGUCAUGCAGGACACUACUACUGCUAUAUAAAGGCCAGUAAUGGACAGUGGUACCAGAUGAAUGAUUCCGUGGUGUCCAACAGUGACAUCAGAUCUGUGCUUAAUCAGCAAGCUUAUGUGCUUUUUUAUAUCAGGUCCCACGAUAUGAAAAAUGGAGGAGAACACGCCCAUUCCAUUCAUACACCAGGACAGUCUUCUCCCCGUCCAGUUAUCAGUCAGCGGGUGGUUAAUAGCAGGCAGGGGGCAUCAGGAUUUAUAGGACCACAGCUUCCUCCUCACAUGAUUAAGAAUUCCAGUCAUUUAAAUGGAACUGGAUCACUGAAAGAAACUCCAAGCAGUUCUGUGGCAAGUGCUAGCAAUAUUACCCUAAACAGACCAGCUUCAGCUCCACCUUCAACUUCCAUUCAAAAUUGGACAAUUAACAGACCCACUAUUCCUGAUCCAUCGAAAAAACAGAAAAUCACUAUCAGCAUUCACAAUAACAAAUUGCCUACUCGCCAAACUCUGUCUCAACCCAACCUUCAUAAUUCUUUGGAGAAUCUCAGCAAGCCUGUUCCUUCAGCCACGAUUACGAAUUCCUCUGCAGUAAAGUCUACCUCAAGUGCACCUACAUCAGUUGCUACUAAAGUAUCUAAACAAACAACUCCUAGUGAAUCUUGUUCUAAGCCAUUAAUGAAUGGCAAGUCUAAACUAAACUCUAGUACGUUGGUCCCUUACGGUGCAGAAUCUUCAGAAGAAUCUGAUGAGGAGUCGAAGGGAUUAGUUAAGGAGAAUGGCCACUCAAAAUCUUUUAAUGGAAUUUUGAUUGGAAAUGUAGUUAGUACAUUACAGAACUCUUGUUCUUCCUGUCAAGAUGCUGAAGAGGUUGUAUCCCAGCAUGAACUGCCAAAAAAUGUUACAGUUAAUGGUGCUAUUAGUAUAGAUAGUGAUCCUGAAGAAAAUGGAUUGAAAUUUGAUGAACCUACUUGCCAAGUCAAGCCUGUUAAAUCUACAGAAAUUCCAUUUUCUAAAGUGAAUGGAUUGCAUGGAAAAAUAAUACCUACAGCUUUGCCACCAGUUCCCGAAGAUAGAAUUUUAGAGUCUUUCCGAUAUAACCAGUUGAAAAGCUUGUCAGAGGAAAUAAGUGCAACUGGACUUGAAAAAACUUCUGAAAAUGAUGGUCAUAUAGAAAAUUUAGUGAGUGGCAACAAUACUGUUUCCUAUGAGAAGUCUAGUAAAGUUCCCGCUAACCUUAGCUGCAAUGUCCAGAAUCCCUUUACUACAUCAGAUGCUGAGACCAUUUCUACCAAAGAAGAAAUUGCCGAAAGUAUUGUAUCAAAAACUGAUAAUGCACAUUCUGAUAUCAGUGGUCAGUGUAACACUAAGAAAAUAUCCCUGGGAAUUGAUGAUGAAUUCUCUAAACAGUGUGAUCCCAAGGAUUAUGCAGAUAAGAUAAGAGGAACGCAAGAGGUAAAAAUGACUUUGAAGGAGAGUCCUCUGCACAUCAGAGGGUCUGCUGAGACUGCAGAGAAAUUGGGGCAAAGCCCCUUCCUAAAGUCUGACAGUGAAUGUAGUUCUAAAAAACUUGCAGCUCUAAACAUUAUAGAUGAAUGCCAAGAAACAAAGGAGAGUGCUAAUAAUUACACAGAUGUACUACCUACUAAUGACUCUUCUGCUACAAGGUUGGAUAAAGUUUUAGAGAGUCAUUAUUCUAAAGAAAAUGAUGGACUGGAUGGUAAUGAAAUAUGUGAAGAAAAUAAGGAUAGGCAAAAAUUUAAGGCUCAUUCUCCAGUUAAGGAAAAAAAUUGCACUCCCAAAAAAACUGACAAAGGGCAUUACCGUACUAAAAGAGAGCGCUCUGAAAGUGAAGAGCAGGAGAAGCAAACCAAACGCAAACCAGAUGAUGAUUAUUCCAGAAAAAGGCAAUCCUACAGCAAGGAGAGUAUGAAGCAAGAUCGCUAUAAGCAGGAGCACUGCAAUGGAAAUAAGUACAAACUUAUGCAUAGUGAAAGAAACAGCCCUGAUAAUGGCAGAAGUUUAGGAAAAUACACCUAUUAUAGAUCCCGAAGUAGAGGGAAAACUGAUCAGGAGAGGAGUAGAUAUUACCAUUCUAAAAGGGAAAGAUCUUGGAGUAGGGAAAGAUAUUACCAAGAUAUACCAAGGAGAUGGGAUAAGUGCAGAUAUUACAAUGAUUAUCAUCCUUCUUAUGCAGCAAGAGAUGGUAGAGAGAGAAAAUUCUUUCAUGGGGACAGAGACUAUGACAAAUCAAGUCAAGUUUACAACAGUAGGUCAUACAGGGAUUAUUAUUACACAAGCAGAUGGAAUCAUGAACCAAUAGCUAAAGAGAGAGAGAAACAUCAUUUUGGCAGCUCCAAAAUAGACUUAUAUAAUUGCUCAGUUCCCUCUCAGCACUCUGAAAAAUAUUCCCAUGAAAAAUGUGCAUCCAUGUCUGAAGAAAACAAUUCAAGUUUUGAGAUGUCUUGCCACAAAUAUGAAUAUCUAAAAGACAGAAAAAGAAAAUGUGCUAGUCUAGAAGGUAGUGACAGUGAUAUGGAAAAGAAACACAGAAGGAGUCUGGAGAGUGAGCCAACGGAAGAGCAAAAAGUGAAAAAACACAAGAAGUCAAAGAAAAAAAAGAAGUCCAAAGAUAAACACAGAGAGAAAGAUGAGAGACACCGCCAGGAUUCAGACUUCUCUGGGGCCUGCUCUGAUUCUGACAUCCACAGACAUAAGAAAAAGAAGAAGAAAAAGAAGAAACAUACAAAGAAAUCUGAGGGCUUUAUUGACUAUUUAGAUCCUAAUAUCCAGAAGAAUGCUGGCUCCGAGACUAAGACAUGGGAGAAAAAAGAAUUUCAUUGUACGGAUGACCCUCCAUCUGAAGAAUAUAGUAAACAUGGGAGUAAAUGGCCUCAUGAGGGAGGGGAUGCUGAUUCCUGUCAUAAAACAAAAUACAUAGGAGGAGGCCAAGAAAAUAGCUAUCACGUGUCUAAAGAGUAUAGCAAAGCUAUAGACCUACUUUGUCAUAAGGACCAUGGACACACAGUCAUUAAAUCUUUGGAUGGCAACUUUGCAUACACAGAUGAAACCAGAUGGAAAGUGAGUGAAAAGUAAUCCUUGCAGGAAAAACUCACUAGCCACAGAUUCAAAGUGUGUUGAUGGAAGCCAUCCCUACAGUGUAAACUAUAUUUAUAACAGAAUAAUUAACUCUUCAAUCCAUAAGUGGUGCUUCAGAAUACUGUACAGGAUUUUACCAUGGAAGAACUUUUUUUAGUUUUUACCUUGAGACUUUUUUUUUAAAAUUUACCCAUAAUCCAAAAGGAUGGAAACUUUCUACAACUGCUGAACAUUGUAAAUAUCACACUGAAAAUAAUGCCCUGGAAUAGAACAUCUCAAAUGCUGCUUAAUUACAGACUCAGGUUGAUUAUGUGUUAUUCAUGUAAUAUUACUCCACGUUAAACUUCUGGUGCAAGCGACUAGAAAACCACAACUGACAGUCUGUAUAUUUAAUUUAAAGACUUAUUUAAAAUUUCACAAGCUUUCAGAUAACUAGAAUCUCUGACAUCUGACACUAGAAACUAAUUUACUUCACACCUUAGCUGUAUUCAAGCUUUGAAGAAAAGCUUACAGAAAAGUUCUGGUUUGGAACUUUGUGAAACAUACCACUCAGCAUACACAGUUCUGAAUGUAUCUCCGAGACUAUUUGUAUACCCUCCAUAUGUUUGUUACUUUUUUAUAUAGUGUCACUUGUCCUGACUUAUUGGUCUCAGUUGUCUGUUUUGUCCCUUUAAAGUUACAGACAAAUUCAUACUGUGAUUUUAUUUUUAUUAUGAAAUGCUAUCAAACUGUGAUACUUAUAAUUCACUGGUCCUGCAUCAGGAGAUGGAGUGGGGAAGCUGUAUUAAAUACAGUUCAUCUGUAUAAUCUGUCUGGUUUAUACAAGCUGUGUUGUUCAGAGAUGUCUAAAGUUUGAUCUUUGUUUUUUUAAAGAUAAAGCACUUGCCCCACUGUAAAUACAUAGCAUGUAAAAUUUAUAUAGUAUAUAAAUACAGGAAAGUCAAAAGAA